AUGGUGCCUGGCAGAUGUCUACCCCCUCAUCCCAUCUCACACUCCCAGCCCCUCAUCCCAUCUCACACUCCCAUCCCCUCAUCCCAUCUCACACUCCCAUCCCCUUAUCCCAUCUCACGCUCCCAUCCCCUCAUCCCAUCUCACACUCCCAUCCCCUUAUCCCAUCUCACACUCCCAUCCCCUCAUCCCAUCUCACACUCCCAUCCCCUCAUCCCAUCUCACACUCCCAUCCCCUCAUCCCAUCUCACACUCCCAUCACCUCAUCCCAUCUCACACUCCCAUCACCUCAUCCCAUCUCACACUCCCAUCACCUCAUCCCAUCUCACACUCCCAUCACCUCAUCCCAUCUCACACUCCCAUCACCUCAUCCCAUCUCACACUCCCAUCCCCUCAUCCCAUCUCACACUCCCAUCCCCUCAUCCCAUCUCACACUCCCAUCACCUCAUCCCAUCUCACACUCCCAUCACCUCAUCCCAUCUCACACUCCCAUCACCUCAUCCCAUCUCACACUCCCAUCACCUCAUCCCAUCUCACACUCCCAUCCCCUCAUCCCAUCUCACACUCCCAUCAACUCAUCCCAUCUCACACUCCCAUCACCUCAUCCCAUCUCACACUCCCAUCCCCUCAUCCCAUCUCACACUCCCAUCCCCUCAUCCCAUCUCACACUCCCAUCCCCUCAUCCCAUCUCACACUCCCAUCACCUCAUCCCAUCUCACACUCCCAUCACCUCAUCCCAUCUCACACUCCCAUCACCUCAUCCCAUCUCACACUCCCAUCACCUCAUCCCAUCUCACACUCCCAUCCCCUCAUCCCAUCUCGCACUCCCAUCACCUCAUCCCAUCUCACACUCCCAUCCCCUCAUCCCAUCUCACACUCCCAUCAACUCAUCCCAUCUCACACUCCCAUCCCCUCAUCCCAUCUCACACUCCCAUCACCUCAUCCCAUCCCACACUCCCAUCAACUCAUCCCAUCUCACACUCCCAUCACCUCAUCCCAUCUCACACUCCCAUCCCCUCAUCCCAUCUCACACUCCCAUCCCCUCAUCCCAUCUCACACUCCCAUCCCCUCAUCCCAUCUCACACUCCCAUCACCUCAUCCCAUCUCACACUCCCAUCACCUCAUCCCAUCUCACACUCCCAUCACCUCAUCCCAUCUCACACUCCCAUCACCUCAUCCCAUCUCACACUCCCAUCCCCUCAUCCCAUCUCGCACUCCCAUCACCUCAUCCCAUCUCACACUCCCAUCCCCUCAUCCCAUCUCACACUCCCAUCAACUCAUCCCAUCUCACACUCCCAUCCCCUCAUCCCAUCUCACACUCCCAUCACCUCAUCCCAUCCCACACUCCCAUCACCUCAUCCCAUCUCACACUCCCAUCACCUCAUCCCAUCUCACACUCCCAUCACCUCAUCCCAUCUCACACUCCCAUCCCCUCAUCCCAUCUCACACUCCCAUCAACUCAUCCCAUCUCACACUCCCAUCACCUCAUCCCAUCUCACACUCCCAUCACCUAAUCCCAUCUCACUCUCCCAUCCCCUCAUCCCAUCUCACACUCCCAUCACCUCAUCCCAUCUCACACUCCCAUCACCUCAUCCCAUCUCACACUCCCAUCACCUCAUCCCAUCUCACACUCCCAUCACCUCAUCCCAUCUCACACUCCCAUCCCCUCAUCCCAUCUCACACUCCCAUCACCUCAUCCCAUCUCACACUCCCAUCCCCUCAUCCCAUCUCACACUCCCAUCCCCUCAUCCCAUCUCACACUCCCAUCCCCUCAUCCCAUCUCACACUCCCAUCCCCUCAUCCCAUCUCACACUCCCAUCACCUCAUCCCAUCUCACACUCCCAUCACCUCAUCCCAUCUCACACUCCCAUCACCUCAUCCCAUCUCACACUCCCAUCCCCUCAUCCCAUCUCACACUCCCAUCACCUCAUCCCAUCUCACACUCCCAUCACCUCAUCCCAUCUCACACUCCCAUCCCCUCAUCCCAUCUCACACUCCCAUCCCCUCAUCCCAUCUCACACUCCCAUCACCUCAUCCCAUCUCACACUCCCAUCACCUCAUCCCAUCUCACACUCCCAUCACCUAAUCCCAUCUCACACUCCCAUCCCCUCAUCCCAUCUCACACUCCCAUCACCUCAUCCCAUCUCACACUCCCAUCACCUCAUCCCAUCUCACACUCCCAUCACCUCAUCCCAUCUCACACUCCCAUCCCCUCAUCCCAUCUCACACUCCCAUCACCUCAUCCCAUCUCACACUCCCAUCACCUCAUCCCAUCUCACACUCCCAUCACCUCAUCCCAUCUCACACUCCCAUCACCUCAUCCCAUCUCACACUCCCAUCACCUCAUCCCAUCUCACACUCCCAUCACCUCAUCCCAUCUCACACUCCCAUCCCCUCAUCCCAUCUCACACUCCCAUCCCCUCAUGCCAUCUCACACUCCCAUCACCUCAUCCCAUCUCACACUCCCAUCACCUCAUCCCAUCUCACACUCCCAUCACCUCAUCCCAUCUCACACUCCCAUCCCCUCAUCCCAUCUCACACUCCCAUCACCUCAUCCCAUCUCACACUCCCAUCACCUCAUCCCAUCUCACACUCCCAUCACCUCAUCCCAUCUCACACUCCCAUCCCCUCAUCCCAUCUCACACUCCCAUCACCUCAUCCCAUCUCACACUCCCAUCACCUCAUCCCAUCUCACACUCCCAUCACCUCAUCCCAUCUCACACUCCCAUCACCUCAUCCCAUCUCACACUCCCAUCCCCUCAUCCCAUCUCACACUCCCAUCCCCUCAUCCCAUCUCACACUCCCAUCACCUCAUCCCAUCUCACACUCCCAUCCCCUCAUCCCAUCUCACACUCCCAUCCCCUCAUCCCAUCUCACACUCCCAUCCCCUCAUCCCAUCUCACACUCCCAUCACCUCAUCCCAUCUCACACUCCCAUCACCUCAUCCCAUCUCACACUCCCAUCACCUCAUCCCAUCUCACACUCCCAUCACCUAAUCCCAUCUCACACUCCCAUCCCCUCAUCCCAUCUCACACUCCCAUCACCUCAUCCCAUCUCACACUCCCAUCACCUCAUCCCAUCUCACACUCCCAUCACCUCAUCCCAUCUCACACUCCCAUCCCCUCAUCCCAUCUCACACUCCCAUCACCUCAUCCCAUCUCACACUCCCAUCCCCUCAUCCCAUCUCACACUCCCAUCAACUCAUCCCAUCUCACACUCCCAUCCCCUCAUCCCAUCUCACACUCCCAUCCCCUCAUCCCAUCUCACACUCCCAUCACCUCAUCCCAUCUCACACUCCCAUCCCCUCAUCCCAUCUCACACUCCCAUCCCCUCAUCCCAUCUCACACUCCCAUCCCCUCAUCCCAUCUCACACUCCCAUCACCUCAUCCCAUCUCACACUCCCAUCACCUCAUCCCAUCUCACACUCCCAUCACCUCAUCCCAUCUCACACUCCCAUCACCUAAUCCCAUCUCACACUCCCAUCCCCUCAUCCCAUCUCACACUCCCAUCACCUCAUCCCAUCUCACACUCCCAUCACCUCAUCCCAUCUCACACUCCCAUCACCUCAUCCCAUCUCACACUCCCAUCCCCUCAUCCCAUCUCACACUCCCAUCACCUCAUCCCAUCUCACACUCCCAUCCCCUCAUCCCAUCUCACACUCCCAUCAACUCAUCCCAUCUCACACUCCCAUCCCCUCAUCCCAUCUCACACUCCCAUCCCCUCAUCCCAUCUCACACUCCCAUCACCUCAUCCCAUCCCACACUCCCAUCACCUCAUCCCAUCUCACACUCCCAUCACCUCAUCCCAUCUCACACUCCCACACUCCCAUCCCCUCAUCCCAUCUCACACUCCCAUCCCCUCAUCCCAUCUCACACUCCCAUCACCUCAUCCCAUCUCACACUCCCAUCACCUCAUCCCAUCUCACACUCCCAUCACCUCAUCCCAUCUCACACUCCCAUCACCUCAUCCCAUCUCACACUCCCAUCACCUCAUCCCAUCUCACACUCCCAUCACCUCAUCCCAUCUCACACUCCCAUCCCCUCAUCCCAUCUCACACUCCCAUCACCUAAUCCCAUCUCACACUCCCAUCCCCUCAUCCCAUCUCACACUCCCAUCACCUCAUCCCAUCUCACACUCCCAUCACCUCAUCCCAUCUCACACUCCCAUCACCUCAUCCCAUCUCACACUCCCAUCACCUCAUCCCAUCUCACACUCCCAUCCCCUCAUCCCAUCUCACACUCCCAUCACCUCAUCCCAUCUCACACUCCCAUCACCUCAUCCCAUCUCACACUCCCAUCACCUCAUCCCAUCUCACACUCCCAUCCCCUCAUCCCAUCUCACACUCCCAUCCCCUCAUCCCAUCUCACACUCCCAUCACCUCAUCCCAUCUCACACUCCCAUCACCUCAUCCCAUCUCACACUCCCAUCACCUCAUCCCAUCUCACACUCCCAUCCCCUCAUCCCAUCUCACACUCCCAUCCCCUCAUCCCAUCUCACACUCCCAUCACCUCAUCCCAUCUCACACUCCCAUCACCUCAUCCCAUCUCACACUCCCAUCACCUCAUCCCAUCUCACACUCCCAUCCCCUCAUCCCAUCUCACACUCCCAUCCCCUCAUCCCAUCUCACACUCCCAUCACCUCAUCCCAUCUCACACUCCCAUCACCUCAUCCCAUCUCACACUCCCAUCACCUCGUCCCAUCUCACACUCCCAUCCCCUCAUCCCAUCUCACACUCCCAUCCCCUCAUCCCAUCUCACACUCCCAUCCCCUCAUCCCAUCUCACACUCCCAUCCCCUCAUCCCAUCUCACACUCCCAUCACCUCAUCCCAUCUCACACUCCCAUCACCUCAUCCCAUCUCACACUCCCAUCACCUCAUCCCAUCUCACACUCCCAUCCCCUCAUCCCAUCUCACACUCCCAUCAACUCAUCCCAUCUCACACUCCCAUCACCUCAUCCCAUCUCACACUCCCAUCACCUCAUCCCAUCUCACACUCCCAUCCCCUCAUCCCAUCUCACACUCCCAUCCCCUCAUCCCAUCUCACACUCCCAUCACCUCAUCCCAUCUCACACUCCCAUCACCUCAUCCCAUCUCACACUCCCAUCACCUCAUCCCAUCUCACACUCCCAUCACCUCAUCCCAUCUCACACUCCCAUCCCCUCAUCCCAUCUCACACUCCCAUCCCCUCAUCCCAUCUCACACUCCCAUCACCUCAUCCCAUCUCACACUCCCAUCACCUCAUCCCAUCUCACACUCCCAUCCCCUCAUCCCAUCUCACACUCCCAUCCCCUCAUCCCAUCUCACACUCCCAUCACCUCAUCCCAUCUCACACUCCCAUCACCUCAUCCCAUCUCACACUCCCAUCACCUCAUCCCAUCUCACACUCCCAUCCCCUCAUCCCAUCUCACACUCCCAUCCCCUCAUCCCAUCUCACACUCCCAUCCCCUCAUCCCAUCUCACACUCCCAUCACCUCAUCCCAUCUCACACUCCCAUCACCUCAUCCCAUCUCACACUCCCAUCACCUCAUCCCAUCUCACACUCCCAUCACCUCAUCCCAUCUCACACUCCCAUCACCUCGUCCCAUCUCACACUCCCAUCACCUCAUCCCAUCUCACACUCCCAUCCCCUCAUCCCAUCUCACACUCCCAUCACCUCAUCCCAUCUCACACUCCCAUCCCCUCAUCCCAUCUCACACUCCCAUCAACUCAUCCCAUCUCACACUCCCAUCCCCUCAUCCCAUCUCACACUCCCAUCCCCUCAUCCCAUCUCACACUCCCAUCACCUCAUCCCAUCCCACACUCCCAUCACCUCAUCCCAUCUCACACUCCCAUCACCUCAUCCCAUCUCACACUCCCAUCACCUCAUCCCAUCUCACACUCCCAUCCCCUCAUCCCAUCUCACACUCCCAUCCCCUCAUCCCAUCUCACACUCCCAUCACCUCAUCCCAUCUCACACUCCCAUCACCUCAUCCCAUCUCACACUCCCAUCACCUCAUCCCAUCUCACACUCCCAUCACCUCAUCCCAUCUCACACUCCCAUCACCUCAUCCCAUCUCACACUCCCAUCCCCUCAUCCCAUCUCACACUCCCAUCACCUCAUCCCAUCUCACACUCCCAUCCCCUCAUCCCAUCUCACACUCCCAUCACCUCAUCCCAUCUCACACUCCCAUCACCUCAUCCCAUCUCACACUCCCAUCCCCUCAUCCCAUCUCACACUCCCAUCAACUCAUCCCAUCUCACACUCCCAUCACCUCAUCCCAUCUCACACUCCCAUCACCUCAUCCCAUCUCACACUCCCAUCACCUCAUCCCAUCUCACACUCCCAUCACCUCAUCCCAUCUCACACUCCCAUCACCUCAUCCCAUCUCACACUCCCAUCCCCUCAUCCCAUCUCACACUCCCAUCACCUCAUCCCAUCUCACACUCCCAUCCCCUCAUCCCAUCUCACACUCCCAUCACCUCAUCCCAUCUCACACUCCCAUCACCUCAUCCCAUCUCACACUCCCAUCCCCUCAUCCCAUCUCACACUCCCAUCAACUCAUCCCAUCUCACACUCCCAUCACCUCAUCCCAUCUCACACUCCCAUCACCUCAUCCCAUCUCACACUCCCAUCCCCUCAUCCCAUCUCACACUCCCAUCCCCUCAUCCCAUCUCACACUCCCAUCACCUCAUCCCAUCUCACACUCCCAUCACCUCAUCCCAUCUCACACUCCCAUCACCUCAUCCCAGACUGCAUGAGCACAGCCAUCAAGCUGGCUGGAUAAUGGAUAAUUGGGGGAGUUAA